UGUGUGUGUGUUGUCAUUAUUAUCCACUCUGCUCCCAGCUCAGAAUGGCCAGAUUCACUCAGACUGAAACAAGAAGGCAGCACCAUCCACAGCAGCCCCAGCCCGCUCACUCCAGCCUGGUUUUCACCGGACCGGGGGCACCACCGACCCAACAACCACUACUACUUAUCCCACAUCAGCACCAGUACCCUCAGAUCACAUUUCCGAAACCCAUGAACGGGUCAGAACCCAUUUCAAUUCAUCCGGAGAGCGGCAACAUGAAAGACCAAGAUGCCAUUAAGCUGUUUAUCGGGCAGAUACCGCGGAACUUGGAAGAAAAAGACCUGAAACCCCUGUUUGAACAGUUUGGGAAAAUCCACGAACUGACAGUUCUCAAGGACCGAUACACCGGCAUGCACAAAGGUUGUGCAUUCCUCACCUACUGCGCCCGAGAGUCGGCCAUCAAAGCCCAGAACGCCCUCCAUGAACAGAAAACACUGCCAGGGAUGACUCGCCCCAUCCAGGUGAAACCGGCUGACAGCGAGAGCCGUGGAGAAGACAGGAAGUUGUUUGUCGGGAUGCUGAACAAACAACAGACGGAGGAGGAUGUUUACCGCCUCUUCGAACCCUACGGAGUCAUCGAGGAGUGCACGGUCUUAAGAGGUCCUGACGGAAACAGCAAAGGUUGCGCCUUUGUCAAGUUCUCCACACACACUGAGGCUCAGUCUGCAAUCAGUGCCCUCCACGGUAGCCAGACCAUGCCAGGUGCUUCCUCCAGCUUGGUGGUCAAGUUUGCCGACACAGACAAGGAGCGCACCAUCAGACGUAUGCAGCAGAUGGUUGGGCAGUUUGGCAUCUUCAACCCAGCCAUCGCCCUUCCCUUCAGCACCUACAGCUCUUACGCACAUGCGCUCAUGCAGCAGCAGGCAGCCAUCAUGGCAGCAAGCCACGGAGGUUACCUCACGCCUAGUGUGGCUUUCCCCGCCACACAGAUCCACCAGAUGGGGGCGCUCAACAUCAACAGCCUCCCACCCACCCCCAUGACCCCGGUGUCGGGUGAGUUUCAUCAAGCCCUGGCAGGCCUCAGUUCUCCACCAGCCAACAUCACCACGUCCGCCGUGCCCAGCAUCGUCACGCCCAUCGUCAACGGAUUCACCGGCAUCCCUCAUCAGCCCAACGGACACCCCGCUGUGGAGACUGUGUACACCAACGGCCUGCCGCCAUACUCCACCCAGAGCCCCACCGCUGCUGACACCCUCCAGCAAGCCUUCACUGGAGUACAGCAAUACACAGCGAUCUACCCAGCCACCACGCUGACUCCCAUUGGCCAGACACUGCCCCAACCACCCCAGGUCAUCCAGCAGCAGCAGCAGAGAGAAGGUGAGGGUCCGGAGGGUUGUAACCUGUUCAUCUACCACCUGCCACAGGAGUUUGGAGACAAUGAACUCAUGCAGAUGUUUCUGCCCUUCGGCACCGUCAUUUCCUCUAAGGUCUUCAUGGACCGGGCAACCAACCAGAGCAAGUGCUUCGGUUUCGUGAGCUUCGACAACCCUGCUAGUGCACAGGCAGCUAUUCAAGCCAUGAAUGGCUUUCAGAUUGGGAUGAAGAGGUUGAAAGUCCAGCUAAAGAGACCGAAGGAUGCCAGCCGCCCUUACUGACACAGCCUACCUUCAGUAUUCAUUGCAGCAGCACAGGUUUUAGAGGACACGUGAAGAUAUCUCGGAGGAGUUAAACUUUUUUUCUUUGAAAGCAAAAUAUGUUUUAAAAAAAUCAACACAUAAGGAAUUUUUGAAGACAUAUCAGCAUUUACUUACGAAGAUAUAGGUUACGGCAGAAAAAGGAAGAUGCGAAAGAGGAGGAGGCGCUUCACCGGGGGACUUAACAGUAACAGAUGGCACAGUGCAAGGAAGACGAGAGGAAGAAAAAAAAACUGAAAAAAGAUGUGAUGAGACUGAAACAACAGAACUUUUUUCUUGUUGAGACUUGAAUUGUUAAUUAAGCAACAAACUAACAAACAAAAAAGCAGCAACAACAAAUAGAUUUCUAUAUACAUAUUAUAUACACAUAUAUAUAAGGAAAGAGGCGCUUGUGGCUUUUACUGUACUGGACAAAUGAGGGUUAAAACUUGAAGAUCAAGAAAAACAGUGGAAAAAAAGAAGCUAUUCUAUUCGUCCACUGACAGACUUUCUUUCUCUUUCCCUCUUUCUCUUAUUCUCUCACCGUCUCUCUCAGCAAGCGCAGAACUAUGACUCUUGGAGGUCACUGAGGUUUCCAUUAGCAACAGUAGAACUGCAAAUCUUUCACCCCUAAGGGACCAAAGGACCAAACAUUUUUAUUGUUCUGAACAGUAAUAUAUAGUAUUAAUGAUACUAAUACUACAAACUACUACUAAUAAUAUUACAAGUUAAACUUAAGAAGAAAUACUAGCUUCAGGUUGAAAAAAAAAAAAAGAGGAAAUGGGUUUUGGUUUCUUUUUCCUUUUACAUUUAUAGCUACUGGGUUUAAGGAGUAUUAAAACAAAACAGAAAAAAAAUGUAUAAAGCUAUACUAUUUUAGUGGCGUAGAAUAUGUGGGUUAGACAUUGUUUCGGGCAUGUUCAGAUACGUUCUUUUGCCACUCAUUGCUUCACCCGCAUGACAGCAUUUCAUCUCGGAGGUGUGAUCUGUCGGCGUUAUUGUGUCAGUAGAAGAAGAAAGCAGUCCUGCAGUGCCAAAAGUGACACAAUAACAGCCUCUUAAAGCGAGCCUUGCUGAUCUGCAGUGUGUUUAGCCAUGUAUCGCUGUCUUCUGUCCCUGUCAACGCGUUGCAAUACCAUAAUUGAAGCAAGAGUAAUUCCAUGUCAUCAUUAAAGCCUUGAUAUUACAGAUAAUCUGACCAUAAAGCACUGUGGUAAAAGUGCCACCCGGCUGAGCUGGAUACGCAGCAGUAAAACAGCACAGCAUCUGUAACUGCUUAAUAAAAUAUACAAAUGAGCCUGACAGCAGUUGUAAAAAUUUCCAUCGGCGUGUCACAGUGGUCCCUGCCGGGUCGUGCCCUCUCCCGCUGCCAAGCUCCUCCAGCUGCUCUCAGCAGGCGAGAGCAGACUCCCCUCCUCUUUCUCCUCCCCCCACCUCUCGCUCUCGCCUCACCUCCAAGUGCCAGCAUAUCUCUCUCUUAAUAGGGACCAUCAGUUCACGGGGGCCGAGAGCUAACCCACAGCAUAAUUAGGAUAAUGAUAAUAUUGAUCAGAUGGGGAGCAGCACCGCAGGGCAAGAGAUGCGCAAUCAAUUACGCAUUGGCAUUUUGAAUGAAUUGACUGAGUGACAGAGUCCAUUUUUCUCUCAGUGGUUGCAUCAGAGUCUUUUCUCCCGUCUAACUACUACACACACUCUCAGAGGGGACCCCGAGUCUGACAGAGGCAGCACAUCCUGCGGGAAGGCACUUAAAUCUACGUCAUUAUCAUUAAAAAAUGAAAGGUUUGGAGGGUGACAUGGCUGCGACAGGAUCUGUAUAUAGUGUUUAGAGUAGAUUGUACAAGUUCUUCAGUGAAGAGCAGCUGUAUAUUUUUUUUUUCCAAAGGGUAUAAUAGCACAGUAAGAGCUUGUACAUGGUGAGGAACAGCCUGGCAUUACCAGCCUUAGGAGGUCAAAUUAAGAGCAAAAUGAUCCAUCAAUUAGACAGCAGCAGGCCUGUAAGUGUAGCUGCUACAGCUGCUGCUGCUGCUUCGACGAGACGACAGCUUACCAUUAGCGGCGGUCACACAUGGCUCCUAUACAGUGUGGUCACGACACAUCACGCCGUAUCAGAUAUGAUUAAUUAACUAAACUAGCGUCAUCUGCGGCGAUCCUUAUUACAAAGAGACACGCAUGCAGUACAUCCGAGAUGAAAUCUGUUUUUUAUGAGUUGUUUAUGAGUUUUUUAAAAUCCAUUUCACUUUCAGAUUUGUUCAGCUAACAUCCACUCUUUUCCAACAUGCCAUUCAGCUCGCUCUGAAGCAGCCUGCCCCCUCAGGACUCUGUGAGACCUUCGAUCAUCACUCUUAACUUUAGACACAUCAGUGCUUCAGUCGUCGAAUCACAGUGCUGUCUCUGCGGCCCCAUCCCCACAUGUAGACUCUACUCUGCCUCUACGACAAAUGUCAUCACCAGAAUGGCUGCCCAGGUCCUGAUCCUUUAUUUUUCACUUUGUUCCAGCCAUUCUUCUUAUGUGUAUGACUACUGAUUACCCUCAUUCACUAUAUAUUGUUCUCUUGCAGGCAAUACUCAGAUGCUGUACAAAAAAAAAAGUCUUUAAAAUGCCUUUUCUCAUCAUGAAUUGCCAAAUUAUGCAAGCAUAUCCACUGCAUUUCCUCAUCAGACUUUAAACGUGCCAGAUUUCCUUGGAAAUGUUCUUAUAGUUGUGUUAAUUUCAGAAAAUAUUGAUUAGUAGGAAACAAGUAUUUGAUUUUGUGUUAUAGUGUAACAUCAAAGGAGGAGGGUCCGUCCAGGCUGAAAUGAUAUACAAUAGAGUUUCCCAGUGAAAAGGUUAGAUUUCAUAUAUAUUUGCCAGAAGACAGCUUUUCCCCCGCUGGUGACUUACUGUUAGUUUCCUUUCUGCUGUCAGGGCCCAGCAGCUUUAGGAAGCUGUGAUAUAUGCCCUCCUUUCCCCGGGCCAUACAGGGCCUUAUAAACCCACUCAAAAAUCUUUUCUUAUGGGAUUUCUACUGGAGAGUUUUUUAAAUUAUUAAAAUCAAAUUAAAUUUGGCCUUCACAACAGCUUGGGUAAUGCAAAUUAAAGAUGCCAGCUGUGGCUGAAAUUUAAUGAGUUGGGAAAGAUGUUGAGUUAAUUUCAUUCUGCCAAGAGAAAAAAAAUAAACUUGAUUGAACGCAAUUAAAACAGUGAAGGUUUGUGGAUGGAGACGGUUUGUAUGGAGUGCGGAGGCCUAAAUACACAUAUCCACUAUGAAACUCUGAAAAGGGAAAGUAAUAAAAUGACUGAAAUCCAAGAAAUUAAUUGAGUUAACAUUUUUAAAUUAACAGAACUGACAAAGAAAGGAAACAGCAGCUGCAUGUGGUUAAACUAAAGUUUAUUUCCUACAUUUUUUCAUCCAUUUUUAUCCUUUUUUAUAUAUAUAAAUAUAUUUCUCAUCCUACCAUGGUGCCCUUUCAAUCUCUGAGCAUGCUCAAUGGGGGCUGGGAGGGUUAAAGAUUAUGGUACUACUAGUAUUAACAAUAUGAUUCUUUAACUAUGGUUUGAAUGCUAAGGAUAGUAGCUUAUUAUAAAUAUGAAAUCUGUAUAUUAUGGAAAAUCAGCACAGGACCUUUCUUUGGGUACAUAUAGAUUAGGGUUUGAAAUGGGGGCGGGUGUCGGGGGAGGGGGUGGGUCGCUUUAUAAAGAUGUUAACUUUCUGGUUUCUCAGCACAAAGCAUACAAAAACAUAUAAACAGCAGUAUGGAGUCUGUGAAGAAGACUUUACUGACAUACAGGGCGCAAAAAGAGGAAUCUCAGUACUAUUCUUUAAAACCUGGAGGAGAAAAUGCAGUUUACAGGUUGUUUUUCUUUGUUUAUUUAUUUAUUUUUAAAGGAGAGCGCCACCUGUUUUUGUGGCAGCGUCAGUACAGCAUGGAUUAACUGACAGGGAAAGCAGUAUCUUUUUAUAAAAAAAAACUUAUAAAAAAAAACUAUGUGUUCUGUAUUAGCCUGAGAAACCAAACAUUUUUCCCCUGUUGAAAUUUCUUAAUACUUGCUGCUUAGAUUACUUCAUAUUAAUGAUUGAUGAUUAAAUAAUUUUAUAAUUAAUUAUCGGGUCAAGUAUGUAACUUGAUGUUUAUUUAUUUAUCUAUUUAUUUUAUUUAUUUAUUUAUUCAGCCACUUUUCUUUUUUCUUUUUUCUUUUAUGGUUAUGGUAAGAUAAAGAUAUGUAUCAAAAAGAAAUGCUUAUUGGGGCUUUUCUCUCUUUCUCUCCUUUUUUUCCAAUUUUACAAUAAAAAUUCAAACAGGA